AUGUUGUACAUUUUCCGUCAAUACACCUUCGACAACUCGUUCGAGCAUGUGGACUUCUCGAACAAGUUCCUGAAGGAGUAUCAGAUCGCACUCACCUUCGCCACCGAUUCCGACGAAUUCGGCCAACCCACCAACGGCAUCUUCCGCCCCGGCUGGGACCUUGCGAAGGUGACACCAGAAGCCAUCAAGCGGUUCAGGGAGAAGGCCGGAAGCAUGGGCGUGGAGGUGAAAGUGUUCAUCUGCAUCGGCAACCGCGGCAACCGCGGCAACCCCUUCAUAAACCGCGACAACCCCUUCAAAAUCCUCGACAGAGAUGCAUGGAUCGUCAACGCCACCGACUCACUCACGCGCCUCAUCCAGGAGGUGAACCUCCAAGUGGACGGCAUCGACGUGCAGUACGAGACAAUCGAUGCCUCAGCCGAUGACUUUAUCCAUUGCGUGAGAGGUCUGAUAAAGAACCUGCAGGACAAUGGGGUAAUCACCGUAGCUUCCAUUUCCCCCACCUUUAGCCUCAACAAGGAGUUCUACCCUCCUUUGUACACUUCCGUGCCGUUCUUGUUUGAUUAUGUGGAUUGCCAGUUCCCGAAGCAGCUUCAUCCUAUUGAGGACCCUACUGCGCUGUUGCAGAGGUACGAUGAACUCACCCAGAUUUAUCCCAUAAGGAAGCUCUUGGCUGGGUUCAGCCCAGAGAACGCCGAACCCUUCGUCUUCUUCCUCCGUGUCAUGGACAUUCUGCACAAGAAAAAUGCUCCUGGUGCUUCCAUUUAUUACAAUCAUUUCUAUGCUCCUCUAUGA